CAGGGUACAUUUGGAUUCAGAAUUCCCCCUUUUCUAAGCAAGAAACGCGUCUGUGGUCAUUCAGUCAAAAACCGUGCCAAACCUUGCUCGUACUGAAGAACAAACAGGCACAAACAGCGUGCGAUUCCCAGCUCUGAGCUUAAUUUGAGCUGCUCUGUGCAGAAGGUAAGCGGGACCGGGUUUUAGAGCAGACGCAAGGGGUCUACAUGUGUCAGGAGACCGCAGCUCUUCGUAAUAACCAUAUAAGGAUUUGAACAAGGUCUGUUCGCUUUCGACUUUACCUUUGAUGUUUAUGGUUUAACGCGAAGAUGAAAGCUAGAAUGAUGUGCAUUGUACACGUACAGAAGGAUCGCGAUAUGCAAGCUGCAAAUCCCCCCAUAAUCCCCGUCUGUCUUUGUUGUUUGGAACCAGUGUGGGUGUGAUGGUACAUUGCAACUAUUAACCCACUGUAUGCGAAGUCUAGUGCAUUGCAUAAUAUUAAUGCUGGAAUUACACUGGCCCAUUUCAACUUAAGCAUGCUUGUCAUAGUAUAGACACCACUAAACCGCUAACAGCAUUACUUAUCUGCUUCAUUUUUUUAAUCAAACAUUCUAAAGCAACAUUUUUUGCAGGUUUUUGUAGGUUCCCUGUGCACAUGGUGUGGAUGUUGGAGUUUGCAACGUACGGUGGGUAGAAACAGCAGGCCCGCUGUUUGAGCAUCAAAACUAAACAUGGUGAGGCUGGAGCUGGAUCAGGUGGUGAUGAGGAGGAUGAAGGAGGACGACAUAGAGAUGAUCAAAGCCCUCAUCAAGGAGGGCUGCGAGGGCACAGAAAACCGUCUCAUCCUCCACAUCCUCACUCGUCCCCUCUGCCUCUUCAUUUUGGCUGUUUUCUCCUCAAUCCUACGUUGCCUUGUCCACUCCUUUAUCCUGGCCCUUGCUAUUCCUGUCUUCCUGCUAAUUGUCUUUCUCAAGAUCACCAUGCCGCGGUCCACAGGGGUUCUGGGCAGCAGCCGCCCCUACUGGGACUAUGUUGGCAGCAGCUAUCGGGGAACACAGGAUGACACACUGCAGAAUCCUUAUUGUAGAAUCAGUGGCAAGACACCAGUGACAAAAAAGUCAAGAUGUAGAAUCAAAGACAAGGACAAAGAGAUUUCAACAGAGAAGAUCACCCCAGAGAGGGAACAGGCAGCGGGACAGGUCUGGGUGGCAGACUGCGAGGGGGAGAUUGUUGGCUGCAUCUUCCGGGAGAAUGAGACUCGGGCGGGCAUCAGGAGGAUCUGCAGGGUGGUGACAAGCAGCUGGUACCGCAGGGAGGGCCUUGGUCGGCUACUUGUCCAAAGUCUGGAGCACAGACAGAGGGAGACUGGGGCACACAGGGUGUAUGCACAUGUCCCCUACCCCUCAAAGGUCGGGGAGGCCUUCUUCAGGAAACUGGGUUAUCAGCAGCUGGGGGAGGAAACUGAUGAAGAAGACAAGGAGAUGAAUCUGGAGACUCCAGAGAGAGGCUUUCUGGGAUACCCUCUCACUAAGGUGUUUUACAAAGACCUGUGAUUGAGUGAUGAUAGACUCAUGGAGUGAAAACGGUGGCAGUGAGCCCAGGAACAGCUAAAGGUAAUGAAGAGAUAACACAAGUGUUAACUGUGGGUCUCUGCUGAAGGUCGUGGUGUCGUUGCUGCAAAAUGUUUGGAUAUUUGUUUGUCAAGUUAAUAAUUUAUUGAAUAUUUGUGUUAUUUAUGCAAGUAUUUAUUUACUUAUGUUUUGCUUAUUCUUUUACCUUUCUAUCAUGUGAAGCACCUUCUCUCCAUUUCCACAAAACAAAUGGUUAUUAUUUAAGAAUUCAAAAAUGACAUCAUGAUGCCUCUGAUAUGCUGUUCUUUAUCAUUUGUAAUGAAGUAAAAUGUUUAUGUAAAAUGUCUGCUGUGAACUGUGUUU